GGGAGCGAGAACCAAACCGAAAGCGCAUCUGAACGUUCUGAGAGGUAACCUCAAAAAAAAAAAAACAAACAAAUAUUUCUGUGUCUGUGUUUAAUUUUCCUUUGUAUUGCUUUGGCUUCUUCCCUUCUCUUUUGCUCUCUCGAUCGGAGAACGGAAGAGACCCCGAUGGCGACCGCCCCGGAGAAGGAAGGGAUCGACGUGACAUCGGAAGGGCCGGUGGCGGAGAGACUUCUUGCGCCUCCGCCGCAGCUUACCCAAUCUCGCCGUCUUCACAAUUUCUCCUUCCCGACCCUGAGCUGGGGAGGCCAGCGCGUGCUCCGCUGCUCCAAACUCUCUGACGGUGUGGGAUCCGCCGUGACUGUACCGGAUGAUCAGAACCGGACGGACACCCCAACAAAAUUUCCGCUCGCGAGAGCGUCUCCGGGCGUGUUAGAGCCGAGGGAGGGCGAGGCGAGAGGAAGGGAAUCGGAGAAAAAUCCCUCCGCCGCACCGAUUUCUGAGGCUGAACGACCCUGGAACUUGAGAACGAGAAGGGCGGCCUGUAAUGCGCCUGCGGAGGCUCGGAACGACAACCAUUGCUCGCCUUGUCAUGGGGCUACGGAGAUUGAGAAGGUCAACUUUCCGGUCAAGGCUCUGAGGAUGGGAUCAGACGAGUUGGAGAAAGGAGAAAUGACAAAGUUCUCCGUCUCGCUGACUCGGAGGGAGAUAGAGGAGGACUUUUUUGCCAUCAAAGGGACGAAGCCCCCUCGACGACCAAAGAAAAGGGCUAAGAUUAUUCAGCGCGAACUUGAUGCACUGUUUCCUGGUUUGUGGUUGUCAGAAAUAACACCUGAUAGCUACAAAACUGAUGAGAAAGAAGUUGGCUAAUUUGGUGAAUUAAAGGCAUCUUCUAUGGAAAAGAUAUGUUUUAGUUGCUGCGUGUCUCUGUUCUUUAGUCACAGCCAACCUUGUUAUGUAGAAUACCUUGUUCUAUGUAGAAUGCCUUGUUAACCUAUAAAGCACAUGGUUAACUAAAAUAAAUGUGACAUUUUGCUGCUUCUUUAAAUGAUGAUCUGUUUCAUUUCUUUUUGAACUUCUUUAAAUACACAAAAAUAGUUUGUUCAAAGAGGGAAAAUGUAUGGAAUGACUGAGAUAAUAUAUUUCAUUUAUUGUUGUUUUAAUAA